UCCUGUGAUCAAAUAAUCAUAUUGUUGCCUGAUCAUACACCCAUCAUGCAUCCUUCACCUCCUUUUGCUGCACUGCUUCUUCUGUGUGCAGCCCUUUGUUUCUCUGCCACCGAAGCUUUUGGCCAUGGCCAUGGAAGCCAAUGGUGGGACGAGUUCCAUGGCCUCGCCGGUUGCCAAAAAGGCCAAAACACCAGUGGGCUGGAUGCCUUGAAGAGAUACUUCCAGCAUUUCGGUUACCUCCACGACCAUGCCAACUGCUCGAAUGAAUUCGAUGAUGAUCUGGAGGAAGCGAUUCGUCUGUACCAACACAAUUUCCAUCUCAACGUCACCGGAGUCUUAGACACUCCGACCGUGCAGGAACUUAUCAAGCCGAGAUGUGGCGUCAAGGACCUCGUUAACGGCACCUCCCCUUCCGGCCGGUAUGUGGCCAAGAUCGGCCACUCUGUGGCUCACUUCAGCUUCUUCCAGAACAGUCCCCGAUGGACUAAAAACACACUGUCGUAUGCUUUCUCCACCGAGAACCAAGCAUUUCAAAGGGCUCAGCUGCAAGCGGUCUUUAGCAGUGCAUUUGCGAGGUGGUCGGCUGUCUCGUCCUUCAACUUUGUUGAGACGACGGACUUGCAGUCGGCGGAUAUAAAGAUCAGAUUUGCUCGAGGGAAUCAUGGGGAUGGGGCGGCUAAUGCAUUUACCGGAAAACUGGGCACGCUAGCACAUGCAUUUGCGCCGGAGGUGGGGAUGUGCCAUUUUGAUGCCGAUGAGACUUGGGCUAUCGAUGCUGCCGGUUUGUCAACGAUAAACUCCUUCGAUCUCGAGUCCGUUGCCGUCCACGAGAUCGGCCAUCUGCUGGGUCUUGAUCAUUCUACUGUUCCAAACGCGAUCAUGUACCCAAAAAUUCCACAACGAACAAGGAAAGUGAAUCUCGACGCUGAUGAUAUACAGGGGAUACGGGCCCUGUAUGCUCAAGGUCCAUGAGACAGUUCGUCGUUGCCUUGAGAGUUAAAGAUUGGAGAGCAUGCAUUGGGGAGGGCUGACCCUUGCUCAUGAAAUCAUUGUUUACUACUCUUUCUAUUUGUUUUAAUAAGAAUAUUUUUUUAUUAUUAUUAUUAAGAAAGAUC